AGGGGUGGCCUCUCCAAGACGGUGACUUGGAGCACACAUGAGAAUACAGGAGGGAGGAAUCUGGGGAUAGCAUUCCAGCCAGAGGGAACAGCAGGGGCAGAGGACAUUUAACUGGAGGCUGGGGCCCUGCUUCUCACAGGUCUGGUGGCCGAGGGAGGGACGUGUGCCUCGCAGGAGUCAGGUCACCCCUGCCCACUGAAGGGCACUCUGUCCAGGCAGCUGUGCAGGACACGAUGCCCGCCCUCUGACCUCUGCGUGGCCCGGGGAGGGGCUUGGUGGGCUGCAGGAGUGGGUGGACAGCACUGUGGGAGGCCAAGACCAGCUCUGUCAAUUAUGAGUCAUGGCCAGACUCCUCAGAGCUGCUUUAUCUGUGAAGUGGGAGUCCUGCAUAUCCUUGCCUCUCCUCACAAAAUACUGCAGGUGGCUAUGUGCACAUCCAAGCUCUUUGCACCUGACCCGUGGUGAUGACAGUGCUCACACUUCAGUGGCCCUCAGUGUGUACCAAGCAUGAUUCUAAGCCCACCUGGCAUGUGAACUCAUUUCAUCCUCACAGCAACCCCACGGGGUGGACAUGCUUCUUGUCCCAGUUUUUAAGUGAGGAAACUGAGGACCAGGGAGGCGGCAUGACUGAAGCCCACAGCCCAUCUCCAGACCCCAUGGUUUUAACCUUGACAGCAUGCUUUUCUCUUACAGACUAAGGAGGUGCCUAGGAAGUGAGAGCUUGUGCCAUUAUCAUUUAAUAAUUUUCUUUGGAUAAUCUUAACAACUUCUGAAAUUUGCCUGGCACUUUUUACAUGCUGAACCCGUUUCUGAAUGAUGCUCUUGAGGGACUGAACCCAUUUGUCAGACAAGAAGGCUAUGGCCUAGAGAAGCAACCGCAUUCCAGGUCAUGGCAGAGCUUGAGUCCCCUUCUGAGAUGUCACUCUGUGGCUUCUGAGGCCAUCUCCCCACCAGGCUGGAGGAGGCUGGAUGCCAAGGCCCUUUGAGAUUUCCCCAUGGCCCCUGGGUUUGGCUGUAACUCUGAUGUUCCAGACACCAGCCAGGCUGGGUCUCCUGCGCAGCAAAAGGGGCACAGGGUCCCCUCGCCCAGCUCUGAAUCCUGGGCAGGGGACCUUAAUGAGGAAAGCACACGUUUGCAGCCGCAAGUAAAACUGGGCAUAUGGUCCAUCCCCAGCCAACUCUGACAGCAGGGUCAUCUGUAAAAUUGCUAAGUUAAAAUAGCACAGUCAUUACCCACCACAGGGCCAAAAAUAACCAGGACCGGAACAGGGCUGUGGACUCAGGCCUGUAUUUGCCCAGGGGCCUCUGGGAGUUCUUCCUGAAGUCCCAGGCUCUUCCUAGGGAGGAGCAUGUGGCCUCUAGUCUCUGGAUGGUGAGCAGGCAUGAACUCUGUGUUUGUUUUAUCCAGUGCUCUUACGUGUUGGUUUCUUCAGGGAGGGUGUGGGAGACCUUAUAUUGAAAAGAUGAGUCAUACCUAGAAGGACAGGGGCCUAGGGGGCGCCUGGGUGGCUCAGUGGGUUGAACGUCAGACUUCAGCUCAGGUCAUGAUCUCGUGGUUCAUGAGUUCAAGCCCCGCGUCGGGCUCUGUGCUGACAGCUCAGAGCCUGGAACCUGCUUCUGAUUCUGUGUCUCCCUGUCUCACUGCCCCUUCCCCGCUUUUGCUCUGUGUGUCUCUCUCUCAAAAAUAAACAUUCAAAAAAAAGAAGAAGUACAUGAGCCGAAGCAGGGUUCCCUCCUUAGAGGGGAAGGAGGAUCUUGCUGGGCCUGGGAGGGCAGCGUAAUGGGAACGGGGACAAGGACGAAGCAGAGCAAGCAACAUUAGCCAGGAGUUCACCGUUUCCAGUUGCUGAGGGAGACAGACAUGACUGGAAGUCUUUCAAGAAGGCAGAUGGAAGACAGCUGCUGGCUAUGGGUGAUGUGGCUGUAGGAGGAGGAGAAGGAAGUCCACGCUCGAGAGAGGCACAGGCAACCCACUGACAGGAGGGAUGAGGCCCCAUCAGGAGAGCUGCCAGAGAACUGGACGGACACUCGGGAGACACUGCUCGAGGGGAUGCUCUUCAGCCUCAAGUACCUGGGCAUGACGCUGGUGGAGCAGCCCAAGGGCGAGGAGCUGUCGGCUGCUGCCGUCAAGAGGAUUGUGGCCACGGCAAAGGCCAGCGGGAAGAAGCUGCAGAAAGUGACUCUCAAGGUGUCACCACGGGGGAUUAUCCUGACCGACAACAUCACCAACCAGCUCAUUGAGAACGUGUCCAUUUACAGGAUCUCCUACUGCACAGCAGACAAGAUGCACGACAAAGUGUUUGCGUACAUCGCACAGAGCCAGCACAACGAGAAUCUCGAGUGCCAUGCCUUCCUCUGCACCAAGCGGAAAAUGGCCCAGGCUGUCACCCUCACAGUAGCCCAGGCCUUCAAAGUUGCCUUUGAGUUUUGGCAGGUGUCCAAGGAAGAGAAGGAGAAGAGGGAGAAAGCCAGCCAAGAAGGAGGGGACGUCCUGGGUGGGGGCCUCCGUGACAACACCCCAUCGUUGAAGAGCUUGGUUGCCACUGGGAACCUGCUGGACUUGGAAGAGACGGCCAAGGCCCCGCUGUCCACAGUCAGCGCUAAUACCACUAACAUGGAUGAGGCACCGAGGCCUCAAGCCUUGAACAAUAGCAGCGUUGUCUGGGAGCUGGAUGACGGCCUGGAUGAAGCAUUUUCAAGGCUUGCCCAGUCUCGGACGAACCCUCAGGUCCUGGACACUGGAUUGACAGCACAGGACAUCCAUUACGCCCAGUGCCUCUCACCUGUCGACUGGGACAAGCCUGACAGCAGCGGCGCCGAGCAGGAUGACCUCUUCAGCUUCUGAGGUCCCCGGGGCUGGCAGGACACGUGACAGACCAAAGCCUCUUGUGGGCGGGGCGGGGGGGGGGGGCAGCUCCAGGGCCCCCAACCACCCUCUUCCGGUUGGCAGCACCGUUGGCCUGCAAAUCAAAGCCGCGUCCGGUCAAGCAGGGGGAAAGGAGAAGUUGGUUGUUUUUUUUUUUUUUUGCCACACUCUUAUCCUAAGAACUGAAGGAUGCCUUGAA